CACGUUUUUGUGCAUUUGUCAAGGAUUUCGUCAGUUGGCCGUCGUCAAGUAGCCCCCUCUGGCUGAGUAAAAUGAAUUCCUCGAGGUUCCCUUAUUUCCAAUGUUCCGAAGCCCGCAAUCCCGAGCCCGCGGUUCCGAUACCCGGCUAACGGGAAAUGCGGCAUCUGAAUUGCUUACAAGAGCGCAUCUGCCGGCACCAAUCGGUUUCCUGCGACCAGGGUUCAAUAACUCAAAUACUCACCUAGCUGCCCUCGUCACUCGGCUUACUAGUUUACCAGCCCGACGGAUCUGUCAAGCAUCAUCGUCUAGGUAUGGAACCCGAUCCGGGCGUGUUUGCUCGGUCGUACCCGAUGCUACAGCACCGAUAUCCGACCGCCACGCCGAUUUGAUUUCUCAUCAACAAGAAUCGCCAUUCAAUAUCGUCGUCUGGGAUUUGGGCGUUGCCUUCCCAGCUCAAUGUUUCGCUGAGUUAAGCAUCAAAAGCCUACUACAGACAGCUAUUCCUAAUACAUAUGUAAUUGAACUUCCGCUUGGCACGCAAACGGUGCCUAACCCGCUCGUCUUAUAUUAUAUGCAAGCCUCGGUAAGCUUGUCGAAGCAGGUAGCUAAGCGAUGAACAUCUCGGCGCUUAGCAUUGGAAUGCCACUGCCUGCUGAACGGAGUGGUGGUGCACUGCGCCUUAUCAUAAAGAGUCAUAACGAAAAAGAAGCCCAGAGCUUGUGGCGUUGAUCGUUUCCUAGAAGAGGCUUGACAACAGCUGAUGUAGAG